GUUGUCUUUUCAAGAUGAAAACAAAUAUGGCGGCCAUCAUCACAACCUGUAGUUCUUGGCUGGUUCAAGGAGGACCACCAUUCUCUGUAGUGUAACAGGUUCAAGCCCAUGCGUCUGAAUAUGUUUGCCGAAGAGAGAGAUGAGAGGAGAUCUGACCGGCAACGAGAGGGGAAUUCCUACAGUUCUUUACGCAAUCGCAUUCCUUACAGACUACUUGGGAGGAGGUCCCUUGGAGCAAAGAGGUUAGUUGUCUCCAGCAAAGUACUGUUGCCGGCCAUCCCCACAGAGAACUGUGACGUGGUCCUCACAUUUCCAGCAAACACUGAAGAUGCUACUCUCAUGUGGCUGCUUGCUCGUUUCAAGUCUCGAGCUCCAGCCAUUACAGUCCAUGUCCGACACCAUAGCCAUACGGGAAUUUAUGGCUUCUAUCUUACAGCUCCAUAUGACAACCUCUUACAGGGAGCUGAAGAAAUUGGUCUCCUUAAGCCGCUGAAGUCAGAGUAUGGUGGAGGAAUGAAAGAAUUCAUUUACGAAGACCACGACUGUUUUGCUGGUAUUGAGGAUGAGGGCACAUUCCUCACUAGUCAGGAGCGCCAGAGCAUUGUCCUCCACUUUUUGCAUGAGUUGAGAGCUACGGGUGAUGAUUCGCUCGCCGGGAUCAACUUUGUUGAGGGCCAGGCAAUAGUACCAUUGCUGAUCACAAAGAAGGUUGUGUGGCAAGUCUUUCCCUUACACAGCAACCAAGAUCUCAAGGAGCUGAGAAAGAACUGGGUCCAAGCCAUAUUUUCGACUCAACCUCUCGAUUUGGUUUGCCGGUACUUUGGGGUGAAAAUUGGCCUCUACUUUGCAUACCUGGGUCACUAUACAACAUGGCUUUUACUACCAACCUUGAUUGGAAUCCUCAUCUUUUUGUUCCAAGGGUCCAGCCAGUUUGCAGAGGAUUUGUGUUUCGUUGGCUUUGCACUCUUCAAUGUCGUGUGGGCGACUUUGUACAUCAAGUUUUGGAAAAGAGCGUCGACAGAGUAUUGCUACCGCUGGGGUACCCUUGAGAAGAAAGAUGAAAUGCUGAAAGAUCCAAGGCCUCUUUUCACUGGCGACUUGGUUAAGAGCCCUGUGACUGGUCACUUGGAGCUGCACUAUCCGGCUUGGAAGAGGCUACUAUUUCGCUACUGCAUCACCAUGCCAGUCAUUGGUUUGUGUCUGGUCCUCGUCUUUGUCUUCAUGCUGCUGUGUUUCGAGCUGCAGGAAUUGGUGAAUGAACUGAUCGGAGAGGAAGAGCUGCCGUAUGUGUUCAGCUUUGUGCCGAAAGUUUUGCUUGCUGUUGUGGUGUCUAUCUUUGACGAGGUCUACAAACAGAUUGCCAUUUGGCUUACCCACAAGGAAAAUUACAGACUUGAGGAAUCCUAUGAGACUAGCCUGGUGAUCAAGAUGAUUUUGUUUCAGUUUGUGAAUUCAUUUCUGUCCCUGUUCUACAUUGGCAUAUACCUCAGUGACAUGGAUCGUUUGAGAGAUCAACUUGCUGCACUGCUGAUCACCAGACAGGUUUUAGGCAAUCUGAAGGAAGCAUUCAUGCCUUAUGUUGUCUGGAAGGCACGUUUGUACAGUGUUGGUUAUCGCAUGGCAACCAGAAUGUCCCCAGCUUCUGUAGAGAAAGAGGUUAAGAGGAUGACGGCUCGAUCUCGACGUGUGGACUCUACUGCCUCGAAAGCAGCAAAAGCCAAAGAUCAUCAGAAAAAGAAGAAUGCUGAUGGGGCCAAAAGCUCUGACAGUGAGAGCAGCCUUUUGACUGAGGAAGAGGAUGAUGGGCUGCCCACACUCACGCAAGCUGAAGUGGAGAGUGCCAUGAGAAAGUAUGAAGAUACGUUGGAUGACUUCUUGGAGAUGAGCAUUCAGUUUGGAUACAUCACUUUAUUCUCUCCGGCCUUUCCUUUGGCUGCUCUGUGUGCCUUGUUGAACAACAUCAUAGAGAUCCGCUCCGAUGCUUUCAAGCUUUGCCUUAAUCAUCAGAGACCUUUUGGCCGAAGGGUGGACAGCAUAGGCAUUUGGCAGGAUGUGUUGGUCGUGAUCAGUAUAUUGGCAAUCAUUGUGAACUGUGCACUAGUGGGAACCUCCGGUUUGCUGCAACGAAUGUAUCCAGGUCUUAGCACCACAGUGUAUUUUCUCAUCAUAGUCAUCAUUGAGCACCUGAUCAUCGCCAUGAAAGUUGCCUUGUCCCGCUCCAUCCCUGAUCUUCCUCCAACAGUUGCUACAGAAAUGGCAAGACUUGAGUAUCAGCGCACUGAGGCUCUCAAGCAACUUGUAUUGCAAGCAACUCCAAACCAAGUCGGUGGCAACCUCCUAUCUCACUAUUCUGGCAGUCCAAACCUGAGAAGGAAGAAAACAAGUGAGUCUGUAAGUUCAGAACAAAGCAGCAGGGAGGACUCGCCUCCCGUGAAAACAUCAGCUGCCCCAAAAAAUUUUUCGGCCCCGACUGUCAUUACCCCAACCAGUUCAACUCCUCGGCCAGCAGAUAUUCCUCUGGCAGCAUCUUCCACUCCGGCUAGCUCCUCCCCACACAUUAUGAGACCCAAGAUUCCGCCUCGGUCCUCAUUGCAGACUUCAACCUCUUCCACAUCCUCCAACCCCUUCCUCACCAAUGUGUCUUCCACCCAUUCAGAUGUCGCUGAAAAAGUUGUGGCAGCUGCAAUGCACCCGAUGUUUGAUUACUCGGACAUCACUAGCUCAAGCAAUUCCAGUUCGAGAUUGAUGCCACCACCUCCUCCUCCACCUCCACCUUCAGCCUCUGGCGCAUCGCUGUCUACAGCUUCUCCACUCUCCCGGAGAACACAUGCAUAUCCGCCUAUCAAGAGCGAUAGUGGGAAUAGCGGGGUGGUCAGGAAACUAGUGCGGAGUCGGGCUGAGUUGGAAGUACGGCGUCGUAGAUCAGAGCCUGUAUCGUCAGCUGUGACCGAAGCCCUAAACGCUCAGCAGAGAGCUGGAGAUGACAGUGGACUGCAGAGGAAAAGCAUUUAUGAAAACAGAGAAGACCUCAGCCAGCGUGAAGAAAGUAAAAAGCAGCUGAACAGCACCGCCUUGAGAGCAGAUAUCAGGAAGAGUCGGGAAAAAUUAAACUACACCUUGGAAGAUGUCAGCGAAAAACAUAAGAAGAGAUCUGAGUCUCCAGUUUUGUUUGCACCUAAGGCAAAUGCUUCUCGACUGGCAGCUGGGUUAACAUCUCUACCACCAAGCAUUCCUGCAAGCUCUUCCGCCCUCUCUUCUCAUCACAGAUACUGUCACUCACCCAGAUUGUUGAGAGGGGGUGCUUUAGGAGACCCUUCACCUUUGGCCCUAAAAGUUCUCACUCGGAAAUCGAGAUCUUUCUCCAGUGCUGAUGUCACAGAGGCGCGCCAGGCAUUUCGUGAUAGAAUGUCAUGGCGGGGUGAGCUUCCUGUUGUUGGCAGAGCUGUUGUCUCAGAAAAAUCUCCUCUUUCUGUAGACAGUAAAAAGGAAAAGUCGGAAGAAACUGAAGUUGAAAAAAUAAAGUCAUCUUCCGAGUUUGGCAAAAAAUUUGAUGAGAGCUCUCGAGUAGAAAUGUCAAGUAGGGAAACAGGUGAAACUGGUAGUAGAAAGGAGGUGAAUGAAUCAAGUGUUAAUGUUGAGGCGGAACCAAGAGUUUCUGAGAUUUUGAACAAGGACAUACAAGAAGGAGAGAGCGAUAAAGAAGGUGACAAAAGAAAGAGAGUACCUUCCAAGGAAAGAUCUGACUCUAGAUUUACUUUCUUUAACCGUGCUGUUAGAGAAAAUGCAAGCAAGCCGCUUAGCAUUUCUCCACACAGGGGGGAGUCUAAAAAAGAAAAAAAGUGACUUAUCUUUUCCUUUAAAAGUAUUGGUGAAUGUUCAAAUCUGUUUUAAGCUAUUAUAGACAUUAUUGUUGAACAGAUAGAGAAAGGCUUACUUCCUUUAUUUUUGUUUUUUGCUACAGGUGGUUGUAAAUGAUUUGUUGCCUCAAAGUACACUGGACAUUUUCAUUAAUAGAAACUGCUAUAUACGCAUACCCAACUUGUAUUGAACUGCUUUUCGUAUCUACUGGGGUUUGAGUUUAAGCGAUUAGAAGCAUACUGACUCAAUAACAAUUGUUUAGUAACAGAAAAUUCAAGAUAGGCAGACAGAAACAACAGAGUGGAAGCUAAAAUGUAGGACUUACCCAUGGUGACCUCUCUCACAGCGAUCAUCUGACUUCUUGAUAUUAAUCACGAUAUUAGACUUCAAGGAAAUAUUUCAUAGUUAAUGAAAGUUUUCAUGUAUGGAACAUUAUCAUUUAGUGUUGUACACUAAAGACAUAUUUGUGAUAAGAGAAUGUCAGUUUGCUUGAAAAAUUUCGUUCAGUUAUUUUUAUUUCAAAAUAACUAGUCAGCUGCAUGUUUACCAUGUAGUAAUUUGAACUUUAGGAAAGGUUAUCCUCUUCCAAGUUGUCUCCUGAAAAGUGUCAGUUUCGAAUAUUAAGUUUUACUUACCAGACAUGGAGAAUGUUCAACAUGUAUAAAAAUAAAAGCAGAGGAAGUUGGCCAUCUGCUUUUUUUGACUGGUCGCGACCCACGUUGGCAUAUUUGAAAGUAAAUAGUUAUCAGAAAAGUAAGUGAGUAGUUUUCAGUGGUUGUGUCAUAUUGUGCUGAGGUCAAUGCUCCAAGUUACUUGAGAAAUGUGUAAUUGUCAGAUCUCACCUCUUCUUCAUUUCACUCACUCUGUAAUUCUUCUCUCCAGUUAUGUACUGCAUAAAUCGAAAAGACUUUCCUUAAUUUUGUAUUUAAAAAUUUUUUCUGCGGAUGCUUUCGCUUCGAGGGAAGAUCUUAUACAUUUUUGCUUCCCUCAAAGGAGAUAAUUACUCUUGGAUGAAUGGUCUGACCUGAAUUAAGGCUUUUUAUGAACUUAAGAUUAUGGAAAAAACUGUUUCCUUUUUGUUUUGAAGGAUAUCUUGAUCUUUACAUUAUUAACAACAUUAUGUUUGUCAGACUUGACUGAAAGCUUACAUUUGUUUUGAACGCAAUAAUUGUCUUUAGUUUAUUAUUUUCGUGUCAUUUUAUCCUGUUGUAUGGUAACCACUUCUUAUUUUUUUAUUCUUACAUUCACUAUUCGGUACUCAGAAGUUUGCUGAAGUCUGACUUUCAAUCAUAUUGUCACUUGCGACUUUCUCAUGAGAAAGUAUAGUUUUAGAUUUUAAAAAGCUCAGAAUCACAGUAUAAUGAAACUAUUAUCAUUAUCACUAAACUGACUUUUCAAUAUAUGUAGUUUAAUGUAGAUGCACAUUUUAAGCUACUUUAUAUCUUUGAAUUAUUGAUUAGUGGAAUUAUUUUUGUAUAAUUAUUUGUAAGCAUAACUAGAAUAUUGAUGAUAGUGUGUAGAAAGAUCAGAACAGCCUAUGUUUUUUUUAGUAUUGAUUUCUGUCUACAGCCACUCAUGGGUUUCUGCAAUGUCUACAUUGUUCUUUCUACUUAUAGAAAGUAAAUCAUCUAGAUUUUGAAAGAAGGUAUUGCAGUUGAAGAGUUAUUAGACACAGACAUAUUUUUGGGGGUCAGUUUUGUAGUUCCAUUGUCAGAAUCUGAGUGUUUGUGUGGACAGUAAUCACUAAUAUCAAUACAAAACAAGAAUCUCAUGUAAUUCCUUCUUGCUCCUAGAUGUUAAUUGUUUGAUUGCUUGUCUGCUGUUUGAUUGGGAUUGCUUUGAAUGGUAUUUACUUUUAGAUUGAUCGUCUCAAAUGCUUAAGCUGUUUACUGACUGACUUUGAAAUGGGAUUAUCAUAAUAUGAACUGCAGAAGUAUCUUCUGGAGUGAUUCAUUGUAUAAUGGAUAACUGCUCAAUCACUUCAGAAACAAAUUAUAUUUGAAAUUAUUGUGGAAAGGUUCAUCAAAUAUUAACUCUGAACAAAUCGUCAAUUCAGAUACGGAAUGAUCAUGAACUUGUUAGCAGCUGUACCAUAUAUCAGAAUGUGAGGGAAAAAAUGCUAUUAUUUUGUUGGAAUCUCAUUUUUGUAUCCUGUUUGCGUCUCUUGAAAAAGAAGUAGGGGUAUUUUCAACUUCUGCUUAGUUGCUGCCCAUGUUUCUUGUAAUGUAAGGAAACUGAGUCAAAAUACUUACGUCUAUCUAACUACAGCACAUACUGGUGAUGUGUGAAAUGCUGUUUUUUUUUCCAGCGAUGAAGAUAUGGGGCUGUCAGAAGAAUACUUGUCCAGUCAAUUUAGGGUUGUCAUAAUUUUAAAGGCGUAAUUAUCAAUUAGUCUCGAAUCACUUGUUCUUUGGUUUACAAUAUUGAGACGUUUACAAUUUGUUGUGUUUUUAUUGUGAUGGUUUAAAGGACACUCAGAUUUGUUCGUAGAACACUUUCAACCAAGGGUCAUACUAUUGGGUGUAUUGUUGUACGGAAAAGAUUAAUUAAGUUUGAGAAGAGGUGCUGUUCAUUUGUACGUCUGAGUGUUAGCGAGUUGACACAUUGUAAUUUCUAAAAAAUCAUUUUUGCAUGAAUAUAUGAAUGUACGUAUCUUUUGCAGUGAGCAUGAAUCUCAGCGGUUGGGCUGUGUACAAAUGUAUAAUGUUGAUACUGAAUCACCAGUGUGCAGUAGUCAUAAAAGUUUUGAAUAUCGUUCAUUCUAUUCUGCCAUAAAAGCUACCAUUCUGAGGAAAUAACUGGUAAGCUUCUGUACUGCCCAUGUCUCAUCAGUGUGUUGGCACUUUAGCUCAGAGCCAGAGCACAACUGCCUCUGAUGAAUCGAUGUACUUCCUGAUUGAUGGUGAGACCGUGCACUUUCGCUUUCCUUCGCCAGAUGUGCAACCGAAAGCUCAUUUAAAAAUAGGGCACUAAAAACAAGGAUGAGAGCUUUCUUCUGACGUUUUUUCGGAUCAGAACAAUUUCUGCAAUGCUGCAUUUAUUUUGGCUGACACGAGUAAGGUCUUGAUUCGAAUUUUGACAAGACAUUUAAUUUUCAUUUUAGUAAUCCACAUUUGUACUGUGUUCAUGGGGCUUCCUUUCAUUUCAUAUAUUCAAAUCAUUUGUUUUGUGUGGAAGAAAGAGAAAGUUAUGGUUUUUCCACCUUCUCUGGACUGAAUUCAGUAAUACUUAUGAGUUUAGAAUAAAAGUUUGAGAUACGAGAGAGUGCAAUAAGGGUAUAUAUUGUGGCAGAAGUAAAUAAUCAGUUUUAUAAUUAUAACUUUCUGUACUUAAGUUUUGUAGUAUAACCUGAAGUGAAAGAUUAUGCAAAGAACACACUGCUCACGAUUCACAGAUGUUUCUAUUAAACUGUUGUAAUAAUUUUCAAUGCUCUGAAGGCUGUGUUAUUACUGUUUUGAUUGAUGUAGUAUUUCGCUUAUAUCUUUUGUGACGCUCCAUUCGUUCUCAUAUAUUGCUUUUGAAAGAUUAUUGCUAGGUUACUGUUUUGUUUAUGUCUACCUUAAACGUAAGCAACGUCUGUGCACAAAUCAUUUGAUUUUGAUAUUAUGUGGUAGAUUGUUUUUCUAUAACGUUUGAUUGUUCCGUGCAUUGUUUUUGAUUGUUCAUAGUCCAAGUUCGUAGUUCUUUUAUGUUGGUCUGGAUUGGUGACAAAUUCAGAUAGUCUCUCUGCCUUUGAUAUUUCAUAUCAGAAUGAAAAUGCAACUUUGUUACUUGUGUCCUGUGAUUUCCAGACCAAUGCUGUUGAGCAGCUUGUCUGCUUACUCCUUUUUAGCCAGUCAAUCAGAUCUUUACUUGAACUGUCUAACAGAAGUUUCAUACAGAGAACUAAUGCCAUGGUUCUGCCUCUAGUUGAUCUUGUUACUUAGGUUUCUUUUGUCCUUUAGUACUUUUCCUCUUUCCUGAUGUCACUGGAAUGUUUGUGAAGGUUUAACCAUUGCCCUUUUCUGUUUUUCUUUAGUGAAUUCUAUCUUGAUGGGUUCAUAGCCAUCCCUGUUUUGAUGUUGUCUUUCCUCUUUUAUGUUUGUCUUGUUUCGAGCGGUUACUAAUGCUGUUAUCUGGUCUUUACCAGAUGUUGUUAUGCCGACUUGCCAUAAAACUACUACCCAAUUACCCUUUGUCCCCUUACAAAAUGGUCUUUCCAUGGAAGUCUUGAUGGAUGUGAAGUUUGACAGUACCACCGUAUCUUUUUUUUUGGAGGGGGGGGGGGGGGGAUAACUGCAAGGCUGUCAUUCUAUAGUGGUAUUGGGUGUUGACUUUUUUGUGGGUUCCUCAUGUGGUCUAUAAUUUGAAUGCAUAAGGUCUUCUUGUAGCAUAUCAGUUCAGCUCCCAAUGCUUUUUUUUCAUCUCUAAAGAAUGUCUUCAGUUUUUAAGUUUGCAAAAAUAUGUACAGGGCAUAAAGUCCGAAUACAAGUUUCUUGAAGUG